AGGACACCAGGUAUCAAUUAUUUAUGCUCAGGCCAACCCAGCGAGCUUCUUGGAUCGGCUUUGCAAUUUCUUAUCAUCUUCUACGCGACUACGAAAUGGCUGUGAAGUUUCUCAACAUGUUUCGAAACUCUCCUAUGACAAUACGAAUGUAUUUUAUUAAAAAGUGGUCAGUGCAAAGCCCGUGGAGUUGAGAAAGAUGGAGUUUUCACAGUAAAACCAGACCACACACAUCACGCCGAUAUCAUUGAUAACAAGAAACGGAAAAUGAAGCAAGAAUUGUGCGUCAAGUCAAUCAAUGAAGGAAAUAAAUUUAAGGAGAUUUAUAACCAAACACGCCGUAAUCAUCCUGAAGCCGCUGUCCAUCUUCCAUUUGCAAAAUGUGAAAAUCUAAUGUUCAAAUGGAGGCGCACAACUUGGCCUCGGAGACCGAAUUCAUUGAGGGAAUACGCACAACUUUUGAAUUCACAAGAAUAUGACUCAUGGCGACAAUAUAAUGGAGGAGAAUUCACAGUGUCUCACAUCACUGACAUCGCAGGGUCCAACUCGGUAAUUUUUAUUGAUCCGUUAUUUGCGAAGAAAAUAAAUGAAGGAAACAGUUUGAAUAUUGACGGGACAUUCAAAAUUGUGCCGCAAAUAGACGACGGUAACAUGUUCGUGACAUUUAUGAUGUCACGUUUUAAUCACGGUUUCCCAUUGGCUUAUGCUCUUAUGGAAAAUAAGACUGAAACAGCAUACAGAUCAGUAUUCCAUGAAAUACAAAGAAUCGUUCCGGAAUUCAGUGCCACAACCAUUAUGACGGAUUACGAACCAGCUUUGCAGAAUAGUGCGCGAGCAUUCUUCCCAAACGGUGAACACCACGCGUGUUACUAUCACUACACGCAGUCCAUCUAUCGCAAUGCUGUGCAACUUGAUCUCAAAGUGUAUCUGACGAACGAUCGCGAGGGAAAUCAAUUUCUGCGCCAAAUUUUAGCCCUCGGAUUACUCCCGCACCAUGUCGUUCAGCAAACAUACCGAGCCAUAAAGCGAUCAAAAAGCCAACGGUGCUUAAGGAUAAUGCGUGCUUUUUUAAUGUACUUUGAGAGGCACUGGUUAAGGAAUAUAACGCCAAGAGUUUUUAGCGUUUUUGGAUUGGCAAAAAGAACGAACAAUACAAUCGAAUCCUACCACAAGGUUUUGAAAAGUCACUUUGGAAUCCAUUCAGCCAUUUGGGCAUUCACGAAAAGUUUACUCUCAUUCCAGGAGGGUUUCAUUCUCGACUUAAAGACUUUGGAAAGGGGAAACCAAUUGACCAGAACUCCUAAAGCCAUUACCAUCAUGAGAGAUCAAUUCAUUACAUAUGGUUGGACGGAGCUUCAAGCCGGACGCAAAACACCAUUGGAGUUUCUCAAUGAAUACGUUGCGUUCAAUCGACAGCCUUUGGAGCGAUAUUUGGAUAUUUUCGGAAUGUAAUCCGACAAGGGAAUACUACUCGGAUUUUCCACAACUACUACUACUUUUCCAUAAAAUCUUUUUUAAUUUUUAAUUACUUCAUUAAAAUUUUAAUCCCAUCUAAUGAAAAAAAUAAAUGCUCUUCAGAAAUAAAGUAAAAUUUUUUCAAUUUAAUGUUCCAAAAUGUUGUGCUGAAGUGCCGUUUCUUCUGAUUCAUAUUUAUAGAAUCAUUUCUCGUCACUGGAUACAAUUUUCUUUAUAUUUUUUUUGUGUUAAAUAAAAUACUCGCUUGGUACAGCAAAUCUGCGAAAAUCACAUUAACAUCAAUGAAGAUGGCGAAGAAUGGCGAAGAAAAUCAAUAAGAACGAGAAAAAAACAAUUCUGAAAAAUAUAACGGAGGCAAUGUCAAUGUCAGUUGAGAAUGGGAGAUAUUUGGAGUUACCUCAGGUCCAAGUGCCUGAUUGGUGUUUCCGAUUGUUGUCUCGAGUUUAACGUUUGAUUCCAAAGAAACAAACUGUCGCGCAGACAUCGGCAGAGCUCGCCCGGGUAGUCGAGGUGAUGAUGUUGUAGAACGUCCCAUAUCAACAGCGCCAGAAGGUUUACAGUGCCUGCAAAAGUUUCAAGGAAUCGUCGUCAUUGUGCGUGCAAUGUUGACUUUACCUCGCACAAAAAUCGCCCGAUCGUAGCUCGAUUGUACGUCAUUUCGGGCUGCAAUUGCUCGAGCACUGUAUCAAAUACAGAUGGACGCAAAUCUUCCAAUCGGAAAAGCUCUUCAUCAAGGAGAAUUCAAUGAAACUCUUGCAGGAAGGCACGGAACCAUUGCUCCAAGAGGAGGCCCACAUCAAGGACGCACUGUCCCGGGUGAUUGUCGAGUUGAUAAAACGCGAGUGGCCUCAACAGUGGCCGACACUUCUCGCUGAGCUCAGCGAGGUUUGCACUCUGGACGAGAGUCAAACGGAACUUGUUUUGCUCGACUUCCUGCGACUCAUCGAGGACGUUGCGCUUCUUCAAACUCUCAAAUCGAAUCAGGGGCGGAAGGAUAUUUAUCAAGCGUUGACUACCAAUAUGGCGCAGAUUUUCGCCUUCAUCCUGAGAUUGAUGGAGCAGUAUUUUUCCGAGUUCCAGAAGCAGGCGAAUCUCGGGAGGAACACGGAAGCUGCUGCACACAGCGGAGUCGUUCGGGGGGUUUUGAAAACCCUGACCGGAUUCGUCGAGUUGGUUUCGAUAAAUCACAUAAUGGCGGAUGAAGGUCGACUUUUGCAGAUUCUUUGCCUCCUUCUGGGAAAUUAUAGGUGUUCAGAUGCUCGGCGGCAGAAUGUUUAUUGCAUGUGGUGGACAGGAAAGGAAAGGCAAAUGGUCGCAAGCAAUUGAUAGUUUUGUUCAACGAAGAGACUCCUAGAUGCAUUCAUGUUACGGCAACUGCGGCUCCUCCACCUCCUGGACCCAAUAAUCUCUAUGAAACCCAUUACCUUUUCUUGAAAAAACUGACUCAGAUGUUAAUCGGAAUGACAACGCAACUGUAUCUGCUGUGGGGCAAAGACGACAGUUCCGAAAUUCGUCCGACACAUUUUAACAUUUUCCUCGACACUGUUCUCCAUUUCACGAUGCAUUCCAAUUUGACGUUGACGCAUUUAACAACUUGCCGCGAGAGACCAACUUUUGAUUAGCUGAAAUCUAUUCUGCUAAUUUGAUCCAUGUGACUGCACCCUAAGAGAAAACGCAUUCAAAAACAAAAGCAAACAGCUAUAGCAAACGGAUAGCGGAGUGAUAAGAAAAAGGCGUCCCUUUUAAUCGGAACAAUUUUUCGAGAUCAAUCAUGGAACGUGAUCAAAGGAGAAAUGAUUACAACAGAAUUUGCUGUAUAUGCCAAGAAGCCCCAGCCACACAUUCCUUUGUGCCAUGUGGACACAUAAUAAUAUAUUUAAGUUGCAAACCGGCAUACGAAUUCGCCAAUCACCUUGACUUCUGCCCGUUCUGCAGGCAGCCAUUCACAUUCAUUAUGAAAUUAUUUUAAUUUAUUGUAAUCCUACAUUAUCAUGUUUUAUAUUAUAUAUAUUUUUAAAUAUUUAAAAUAUUAUUAAUAAAAAGGAUACUAAUUUUUAUAUAACAA